CACGUCAGGAGGCAGCCCACUGGUCCUGAAGCUGAUGAUGAUGAUGGCGGUGAUGGAGGAGCAACGCUGAGUUCGCUCUCCCGUUUUUCAGCUCCCCCCUUUUUCCAUUCAUUCUUUUUUGAUUCUUAUCCAAAAUAAAACAGACAACAUAGCGACAUAGAAGCGACGCCUCCGACUCGACCUGCAACCUUUCUCCACCUCCCUCCCGUCUCCUGAGCCGAGACCGAGAUGGGGAACGAAGCGAGCAUGGAGGGCGGCGGGCAGCCCGGUGAGCCGGGAGCCGCCGGGAUGAUGGGGUCGGUGAUGCCCGGAGGACCCGCAGCAGGACCGGGGGCAGGACAGCACAUGAAGCCGGUCAACGGAACCGCUGCCGGGGGAGGGAUGGGGAUCGGAGGCCCCGGGAUGGGAAUGACGAGGGGUCCAAUGGGUCCGAUGGGUAGCCCCAAGCCUGGCAUGCAACAAGGAGGCCAUGGUGGAGGAGGAAUGGGAGGAAUAGGUGGAGGUGGAAUGGGUGGAGGAGGGAUGGGAGGA